GGUCAUACAGUAGGACCUGGUAAUAAAAAUCCAGAGAAAGAGUCAUUCACAUCUCCAGAGGAGUAUGCUGAGCAGAAAAUAGGGCCAUCUAUACUGCCAAUAGAGCUGAGGACGGACAGACCUGCGCAGACACAAGUUACACUGGGACACGGUGACUACAUCAGCUUACAUUACAGUGAUGUAGAAGAAGAUAAGGGGAGGAAGGCGAUUGAUGAGAUAAAGAGUUCAAGAAGAAUCUCAACUGAACCAUUCCAUGCCCAAACCUCUGUGAGCCAGUUGCCUAAGAACGUCAACCCAGCUGUUACACCUUUAACCAUUUCAAGCCGGUCUGAUGGACAGAUUGGAGGAUUUACACAGGACAGAGAGGGAGUAGCCGAGGUAAACUUGUUUACAGCUGCACUGCAAGAUAAAGCAUUGGUACCUGGAUUACUGCAGCCUGACCUGACCCUCAGUUCCAGACUGGCAGAACUUGGAGAUACUUGGACAGAACCGGCUCAUUUACAAGGAGUAGAAGAAGCGAGUGUCUUGCCCUUAUUACAGGAAGUGGGCACAGAGGCAACCAUGUCUUCUGAAGACCUUCCUUUGAUCUUUGAGCCACUUGAUGAUGUCACACCAUCCAGUAGUUCACUUCUGGCAUCCGAGCUGUCUGUCGCCAUGGUGCCCGCAACGGGGAUGCUCGGGGAGACAGAGCCGGAGCAAACACUCUCCAUGGAUACAGACCACAGUCCUCAUCAGUCUUUUCCGGUGCCUUCAGAAUGGCCUCCAUCAUGGCAGAUGUCAGGUGCAGAGAACUUGGAUACUGUCUCGUCAUCUCGAGUGCCAAUCAGCGGGCCUUUCUCUGAAGCAGAAGUGGAGCUUAAUGACAGGACAGAGAAGCUACAGGAUACAGAUGUCCUCCCAACAUCUGUGGGGGUGUUUCGUUGGUCACCUUCUCCUGUGUCAGCCACCACUCAAAAGCUUGCAGAAACCAGGUCGACUCACGCUGCAGUGUUGAAGCCAAUGUCAGGCCUGGAGGAACUGGAAUCACAAGAGAAUGAGGAUGAAGAGGAUGAAUAUGCAGAUGAAUCUGAGGAGGAGGAAGAGGAGAGUGAAGAAGACCUGACAGAGGUUCCUGUGCAUUCUCCUACACGUCCACCUUACAUCCUCAUCCCUCCUCCUCCGGUCUGGGGGCAGAGGAACCAAGGCCUCAUACGCAGCUGGGUUAAGCUGAUCCGGGAAAAGGCUGGUUAUGUUUCCGGGAUGUUGGCACCCGUGGGCAUCGGUGUAGCUGGGGCACUACUUAUAGUUGGAGCUCUUUAUGGGAUCAGAGUAAUCCAUCGCAAGCGGAGGAACAGCCUGAAGCACCAGAGAAGAAAGCAACCUACAGAAAUUAGAAGUGGACCAGACCAAGCAAUGCUACUAGCUGAUAGCUCUGAAGAUGAAUUUUAAUUCGCUAAAAGGAGUAUGUCAUUUUAAAAAGGCUUCAGCCAUCUCACCGUACUACAAGAAAAAACACAUACAGUACCGGUUAAAGGUUUGGCCAAAGUUUGGAGAUUCCAGUACAAUACUGGAUCUUUUAAAAACUAUGAAAUAACACUAUAUGAAAUUAAUAUUAAGUAACAUCAACAAGUCUGUUAUUUUAAGACAUGAAGGUCUUAAGGCUGUUCUGGAAUAGUUUUUGCAAGAACAGUAUUGUCAAGUGCAUUUGGAAAACCCAUCAAGCACCAUGAUGAAACCAUCAUGAAGACCAUCCCAGGAAAGCAAGACCAAAACUGACCUCUGCUGUACAGGAGAAGUUCAUUUAGAGUUACCAGCCUCAAAAAUCACCAAUUAACAGUACCUCAGAUUAGAGCCAUUAUAAAGGCUGUACAGAAUAUUAGUAGCAUAUACAUCUCAAUAUCAACUGUUCGAAGGAGAUUACUGCAUAUUGUUUACAAUGCAGUAAGAAAUAAAAAUCCAGAACUAUCAUGAAAUUAGAAGGUGUUUCCAAACUUUUGACUGGUACUGUAUUUGGAAAUACUUUAGUAUGUGAAGUCAGUCUCAUACUUAUUAUUUUUAUGUAUAUUAAGGUACAUUUUACUACAUCUAAUGUCAAUGAAACAUCAGCAGAUUUCUAAGGAUUAGAUAUUAAUAUGUCGCAAAUAACUGAAGUGCCAGUUUGGCCAAAAAUGUAGUCAAUUUGGCCUCAAAUUGCCCCAAAAACUGCAGGGCUCCCAGGUGGUGCUGCAGAAAAGCAUUUGUCCUAUUAUCAGGAGAUUUUCAGACAAUUUCACGGCAAUUGACCAAAAAAAAUGUCCAUGAGGAAGGAGAGGGACAGUAUAGAGAUAGGGACUCUCUUCUUUCAGUCACCAGCCAAUCAUGGGCGUCCGUCCUCAAGUAUAGAGCAUCUUCGGUAAAAGGCCCAAAAGCAAUAUAAUACAUUAGAAGUGAUUUGGAUGAAGAUGCAUUUCUGAUUUAUUCUUCUAUAUUAUAAAACUGUUUAUACACUACAUGGAUGCUUUUACUAAGGCAACUAUGUGUUUUAAAGCAAGUACUUGUAUAUGUAGACAUCCAUAUUCAUUGUUAUACAGGAAGCUGUAAGUCUUGCUUAAUUUUUAGCUUCAUUUCGUUGCAUCUUAGGUUCAGUCAGGGUUAAAGUCUGUUAAAUGGUUAGUCUUUGAAAUGUACUGUAGUUAUGAAUAGUCUGGAAAGUGCAAUUUUUUUCCAUUAAUGGAUUAUUGCACAACAUUCUGACUACAUCCCAAAAAAUCAAAAAGGAAACCGUUUUACGCUUAAAAGUUCCAAAGUGCAUAUUGUGUGUUCACUGAUCGCACAGUGCCAAAAUUUCUCAAAAGACUUGACUGGAAUAUUGGCAGUAAUUAAACUCUUUAAUCUGCUAUGGCUGGUUGCAUUAAACAGCAACGACUAAACACACAAAAUGUACUACAGGUUCUACAAGAAAAAAGUUCAUAUUAAAUUAUUCUUAAAAUUAAAUUGUAGUUACAGUAUGUUACUAGCUAGCACCAUUUUGGCAAAGGUACUGUAUGUGAUGUGUGUUGAGCUUAAAUCAUAACCACUGUUGCUGGAAAAAUGGAAAAAUAAUUGAAAGUGCUGGAAUACAUAAACACUUCACUUGCUGAAAAGCUGUUCAAUAAAUGUGUCUUGGAUGAUCGACUACAUCUGAGUUGAUGAGAAAAUUGUGUAAAUUAUUUUUGGCCAAACUGCUUCUUUGAACAAAAGGUUUGUUCUUAGAAUUGUGAAUUGCAUCAAUUUCAUUUUGCUAUUUAUAAAUACUGUCUGAAA